AUCCAUGCAGAACCUGUCGUUGAGAAAGCCAUGUGAGCGCAUAAUAAUAAUAAUAAUAUAAUAAUUUUUAUUUGCACAGAUUGCGAUACCCACUCGGCAGCGUGCGAACCUCUGUGCGAACCGCGCGACCCGUACAUUCCAUCCCGAGCAUUUAUCUAUCCGAUCUAUCGAUCCAUUGGCGGCGAGAUGAAAGUUACGAAAUUUGCCUCGCUCUUUAGCUGCUUUAGCGCUUAGCAGUCGCUUGGCAGCUUCUUGUGCCAGUAAACGCUAAGCGAAUUCCCUGCUUUCAACCAUCUCCAACAAGCUGCAAGUUGCCCCCAAACGCGCGUACGUCACAUACUGGCAAUGUGCUCACGAAGCUCAAAACACGUCCCUGACACCCAGCGCCUCGAAGCCAUCCUGGCCAUCCGCCAGCCACUACUUACAAGCGGCUUCUCCGAUUACACAAAAUAACAGACGCAAAAAGAAGUAAUCCGGUAAUCCGACGACUCUUACUGGAAUCAGCUGAGAGCGAGCUUCUUGUCGGAUAUGGCGUAACUUCCGUUGCGCCGCUGACACGGCUGACACUGCUGACACCACAGAACUAGACCACUGGACUGCCACGAUGUCCACAAGCCGCCUUCUACGAGCAGUGCGCUCAGCUCAACUUUACGGACCUGCCCGCAGCCAAGCGUCUUCUGCGAAAGGCCUCGACAUCUCGGGAAUCUACCCCCCGAUCACGACGCCUUUUGACAGUACCGGUAGCAUCGCCUACCCCGAACUCCAAGGAAAUGUAACUCGCUGGUCGGCCUUACCAUUCCGCGGCAUCGUGGUUCACGGCUCCACAGGCGAAUGCGUCCUGCUCUCGCAGAAGGAGCGGCUCAUGGUCGUAGAGACCGUUAGGUCGGUUCUGCCCGACGACAAACUCCUAGUCGUCGGUGUCGGUCAAGAAUCGACGCGGGCCACGGUCGAACUAGCCGUCGAAUCGGCCAGGGCCGGCGCGCAAGCCGUGCUGGUAGUCACACCGUGCUUCUACAAGGGCAGAAUGAGUUCUGCGGCGUUGUCCGCGCAUUUUAAGGAGGUGGCCGACAGUUGUCCCGUGCCCGUGAUCCUGUACAGCGUACCAGGGAACACCGGCGUCGACCUGCCGGCCGAGGUGGCCAUCGGCUUGGCAUCACACCUUAACGUCCUCGGAAUGAAGGACAGCGGCGGCGAUGUGACCAAGUUGGGGUACAUUGUACACAAGACGAAGGAGCAUGGCUUCCAGGUCCUAGCCGGAUCGGCCAGCUUCCUGCUCCCGGCGCUAGAAGUGGGUGCCGUCGGCGGUAUCUGUGCCCUGGCCAAUACUCUGGGUGCAGAAGUGUGCGAACUGUAUGAAAAGUUCCUGAAAGGCGACAGGGCCGAGGCUCGUGCCCUGCAGCACAGACUGAUUGCACCCAACACGGCCGUCACCAAACAGUUCGGGAUCGCCGGUGUUAAGGCGUCCAUGGAUUGGUUCGGCUAUUACGGCGGUCUCGUCCGGUCCCCGCUCUUGCAGCUUGGCAGCGAUGACUGAGGAAAAGCUACAUUUCUCUAUAAGUUGACGUCCACUUAAGCUUAAUAUUGUCAAAACAAGUAAUGAUAUUGCGAAAGCUCGUGGAAUUUAUAUGUGGGGAAGAAAGACGAUUUCUGUUUCUUGCUGACAAGUUUCACUGAAAUAGAUGUGUCAUUCUUUUUACGAAAGUAGGCCGAGGUGGAUGUUGGCUCAUAGAGGAAGUUUGUUUUUCUCAGUCAUCUUUUGAUUCAGGAGUAACAUCAUGUUCUCAAACUUUCGCAUUCUAUCCCAACCGCUAGCGUCACAUUCUCACGAAGUUUGAGCAUUCAGCGAUGCAUAGUUUAUGUACCCGGGACGAGGAAAUCGGUUCUCUUCGGAACUCCCUGUACAUUCUAACCAGACCUUAACAGUUGCAUUCAACAUACUGUAAAGAUUGGUUAUAAUGAAGUCAGCGGGAAUUGGAAAUCACUUCGCUAUAUCUGCUAUAACCGACUUCGGUUAUAAUGAAGUGCAAAAAGGAAUGGGGAAAUCGUGAUCGCUUCGCUGUAGCCACUAUUUCGUUAUAACCGACUUCGUUAUAACUGGUCUCAACAGUAUUCUGAAGCAUAUGUGCAAAAUAUGUUGGCAAGACAGUACUAAGAACAAGACUUCUCGUGCACUGAUGGUGAAGACGCCCCCAAACUUGCACAGAGAUAAACAUGUUCAAAUGUUACCAUACAUGUGUAGCGACUCUUUCGCGGCAGAAAAAAGAAUUUUCUUGCGAAUAAUUUUUUGUGAGAAAUUAACCUGCAGAAGACUACGAUGGAAAGGGGAUGGCUAGGCCUACAUUUCAACAUAAAUGUGAUGGUGGGCGGCAUCACAAUUUGAAGAACCGUACGCAGAAAAAUUGCUAAAAUUUAUGCCAGUUUGGGUUUCCGGGAGUUCUUCAGAUGUGUAUUGCACAAUCAUAACUGGCCCUUCAUAUUUUUCCACAUAAAAUAUAAAGAUACAAGGAUAAUAAAACACCGUA